UGUCGGCACGUGGAGCAGUGGGCGUGUCAUCCAUGGAGAAAUGGGAGGCAAAACAUUUCCCCUCCUCUCCUCUCCAUCCCUACUCAACCCAUUCCUUCAUUCUCCCCUCCCUCCUGCCUGUGUUUCUCCCUUGACUGCGUGAGAAACAGCGGAGACUCGGUCGGCCUCUCAUUUCCUCGAGACCGCCAUGGCCUCCAUCACCUCGGCUGGCGAAGCAGUCGCUAGAAUCGCCUACCUCGCCUCCGAUGUCAUCGUUUCCGUCCAGUCCUCCUUGUCCGCCGACUCCGACUUCUCCCAAGCCCUCCAACACUCCGCCACCGCCCAGACUCGAAACAUCGUUAGCAAAAGCGUUCCACAAGUUCAGAGCGUCAGGCACAAUGUCGACCCGCUGCUGUCCGUCUACCAACCCGCGCGGGAAGGCAGACUGACCAGCGUCACCACCGAUGCCAGCGUGCUACUAAAGAGCAUCCCGCACUUGUACAAACUCGCGAAACUUCCCGUUGUUAUUCACGUGAGCCUGCAGCCUGCCGGUCACCCAGACUAUAGCGAUGUCACAAGCGUCCGAAACACCGGCUUCGCCUUCCUGCAAAGUCACUCGCUGCAAGAAGCCCAAGACCUCGCUCUCACCGCCCACGCGCUGGCCAUUCGCAGCGGCUGCGGCGUCAUUCAUUUCUUCGACGCCUCAAACUCCUCCAAAGACCAGCCACUCGCCCUCGAGUCCCGAGACACAGUCCAGCAAGUGCUGAGUGUCAACCUAGCAAGAGUUGAGCAGUCUCCGCAAGAACAAGACGGAAACAUCUAUGUGAGCCAAGCCAAAUCAGCAUCCGCCACUCCGAUAUCACAAUUGGUCAGCCGAGAUGCGCCGCUUCGCUAUGACUCGCCGAGUCGUGAGACUGGCACUCCAAAGGGCGACUCGUCCAGUGCUUCUUCGGCCUCCUCCCAGCGCAACGACAGCCACUCAGAGAUGAGCGAUGCCGACUCGGCUACCACCGUAUCUUCCAACCCGGCCCCUGCCGGCUCCGACGACCUGGACCUCAUCUGCGGCAACAUCUGGACGCAAAUACAAGCCUUGACCGGUCGAUCUUAUGCUCCAUUCCGCUAUACUGGUCCACAGAAUGCUGAGGCAGCGCUUUUCUUGUUCGGAUCCAAUCCAGGCCUUUUCAGCAAAGAGCUCGACGGCGCAAAAGACGGCGACUUUUAUGCUCGUGUUGGUUUCGUCACGCCGACCCUCUACAGACCGUGGAUUCCCCAGCAGCUGCUCAAAGCCCUCCCUCUCAGCGUCACCAAGAUUGCCGUCCUCGAACAAAUCAAACGCAAAACUACAAAGUGGGGUCCGGUGUUGAUGGAUGUUCUGAUGUCGCUCAAGUCGGAUUCGAACAGAUCAAAGACUCCGUUGGUAGUGGGUUACCAGCUGGGUCAUCUGGAGUACAGCACCAUCACACAGGCGCUAAGCGGGAUCUUCCAAAACCUGCGGUCUCAGAAUCCCAUUCAGAACCUCGUCAUCGGCGCUCGCCCCAGCGCUGGUUUGUCGGUUUCGAGACCCGAGUUGGAACUCCAGCAGCCCGCCUUGGAAAAUGCAUACAUGAAGAUCCUCGAUCAAGUCUUCGGCAGAAGAUUGUACAUUGCCAAUUCCCUCAAAGCCAGCCACGCCGGCGUCAGCGCCACAAUCAAAGGAUCUCCAGAAUACGGCUUCGGCUCGCUCGUUGCGCGCACGGAGCACCGCAGGCGCUUUGUUGCUGAGGUUCAGGCGGCAGCAAAGUCCAAGUCUUUCAUCACCGAGAACCCAAAGAAGUGGCUGUCGCAAUGGGCGUUGGUUGCCGACCAAGCGAAGGCCGCGAACGAAAUUGCACCGGAAGUCAUCUCUAGGCUCUCUGCAGAUGGAUCUCCUCUGGCUUCGAAGCUGCUGCAAUCACAGGGCUUGUUCUUCCAGGAAAGCCAAUGGCUGAUAGGCAGCGAUGCUUGGGCUUACGACCUCGGAAACAGCGGCGUACACCAUGUCAUUGCUUCGGGCGAGAACGUCAACAUGCUGAUCAUCGACUCCACCCCGUACUCGGAACGCGCCGCACAAGAUGCAGCACGCAGGAAGAAAGAUAUCGGCCUCUAUGCCAUGAACUAUGGCAAUGCCUACGUAGCUUCCGUCGCCGUGUACAGCUCCUACACGCAAGUGCUGCAGGCUAUGCUGGAGGCCGAGUCUUUCAAGGGGCCCUCGGUCGUGUUGGCGUAUCUGCCUUACAACCGCGAGAACGAUGGGCCGUUGACCGUCUUGCAAGAGACGAAGAAAGCCGUUGAUCUUGGAUACUGGCCACUCUACCGCUGGGACCCGAAGGCGGAAGAGAAGGGCGAGGAGUGCUUCAAACUUGACUCUGAAAAGAUCAAGCAGGAGCUGCAGGAUUUCCUGAAGAGGGAGAACCAGGUGACGCAGCUCAUGAACCGACACCCUCAUUUCCAUGCGAAUUUGUCCGAAAGCUAUGGCAGCGAGGUGCGCCAGGUGCAGAAGCGAAAGGCGAAGGAUGCGUACGAGGCUCUCCUGGAGGGUCUCCAGGGCGCACCGAUGACCAUUCUCUUCGCCUCUGACAACGGCAAUGCGGAGAAUCUUGCCAAGCGACUUGGGAAUCGCGGGAAAGCAAGAGGUCUGAAGACCAUGGUCAUGGCCAUGGACGACUAUCCUCUCGAGGAUCUCAACAACGAGGAGAACGUGGUCCUGAUCACCUCCACCGCCGGGCAAGGAGAGUUUCCUCAGAAUGGCCGCAAUUUCUGGGAGGGCGUCAAGAACUCGACGGAUCUCGAUCUGGCAAAUGUGAACUUUACUGUCUUCUCCCUUGGCGACAGCCAUUACUGGCCAAGAAAAGAAGACAAGCACUAUUACAACAAGCCUGGCAAGGACGUCUUUGCGAGAUUGACCGCUCUUGGUGGGAAGCAGAUUGUGGAUAUCGGCCAGGGCGAUGACCAAGACCCGGACGGAUAUCAAACCGGGUACCAGGAAUGGGAGCCAAAGCUCUGGGAUGCAAUGGGCGUUGGCAAUGUCGAAGGCCUCCCGGACGAGCCACCGCCACUCACGAACGAGGACAUCAAGAUCCAGUCCAACUUCCUGAGAGGAACUCUCGCCGAAGGUCUCGUGGACGAAUCCACUGGAGCCAUUUCUGCAUCCGAUCAGCAAGUCUCAAAAUUCCACGGCACAUACAUGCAAGAUGACCGUGAUCUGCGAGACGAGCGCAAGGCGCAAGGACUGGAAGCCGCAUUCUCAUUCAUGAUUCGAUGCAGGCUGCCUGCUGGCGUUGCGACGCCGGACCAGUGGCUGAAGAUGGAUGCCAUCGCUGCCGAGCUCGGAAACGAGACUAUCAAGCUUACGACCCGGCAGACUUUCCAGUUCCACGGCGUGGUGAAGGGAAAGCUGAAGCCGGCUAUGCAAGCCAUCAACCGAGCACUCAUGACAACCCUUGCAGCUUGCGGAGAUGUGAACCGCAAUGUCAUGUGCUCUGCACUGCCGGAGCUGAGUGCGUUGCAUGCCGACACCAAGGAAGCCGCACAGCGAAUCAACGACCACUUGCUGCCAGCGACGACCGCAUAUCACGAGAUCUGGAUCAAGGACGAGAACGAGAAGAACGUGCAAGUUGCGGGCGAUGCUGUCCAAGACUUCGAGCCUCUCUACGGCCCCGUCUAUCUCCCUCGCAAAUUCAAAAUUUCAAUCUCCAUUCCGCCGCACAAUGACACCGACAUCUAUGCAAACGACAUUGGCCUCGUAGCCAUCAAGGGCGACGACGGAAGACUGAAGGGCUUCAAUGUCCUCGCUGGUGGUGGCAUGGGUGCGACUCACAACAUGAAGAAGACCUACCCGCAAAUCGCUCGUAUGUUUGGCUACUGCGACAAGGAAGAGAUCCACAUUGUCUGUGAGAAGAUCAUGCUGGUGCAAAAGGAUCAUGGGGAUCGCAAGAACCGAAAGCACGCACGUCUGAAGUACACCAUUGACGACAUGGGUGUCGAUGUCUUCCGCGGCAAGGUCGAGGAACUCUGGGGCAAGACGUUCGCAGAGCCUAAAGACUUCAAGUUCGACUCGAACAUUGACACCUUUGGCUGGCAGAAAGAUGAACGCGGCAACAGCCACUUCACAAUGUUCAUUGAGAACGGUCGAGUGGAAGACACCGCCGAUUUCCCAAUGAAGACUGGCCUGCGAGAGAUUGCCAAGGUGCACAAGGGCGAGUUCCGACUGACGGGCAACCAGCAUCUCGUCUUGUCGAACGUGGCGCCCGAGGAUCUCGACACGAUGAAGGAGCUUCUGAAGAAGUACAAGCUGGACAAUACCAACUUCUCAGGCAUGCGUCUCAGCUCUUCCGCCUGCGUGGCUUUCCCCACCUGCGGCCUCGCCAUGGCGGAAUCCGAACGCUACCUCCCUGAGCUCAUCACCAAACUCGAGGGCGUGCUUGAGGAGAACGGGCUACGACAAGAAAGCAUUGUGAUGCGAAUGACCGGAUGUCCCAAUGGCUGCGCUCGCCCCUGGCUUGCCGAAGUAGCCUUUGUGGGCAAGGCCUACGGAGCCUACAACAUGUAUCUCGGUGGCGGCUACCACGGCAACAGGCUGAACAAGCUGUACCGCGCUAGCAUCAAGGAGGAGGAGAUUCUAGAAAUUAUGAAGCCUCUACUCAAGCGGUACGCUUUGCAGCGGAACGAGGGCGAGCGAUUCGGAGAUUUCGUGAUUCGAAUUGGCAUGAUCAAGGCCACGAGAGAGGGCAGGGAUUUCCAUGAAGAUACUGCGCAAGUUGAGGAAGACGAUGAGUAGGAGGUUGUGUGGAGCAUUAUGUGGCGAAUGUCAUCAUAAAGCGUUCUGGCGAGGCGUUUGGAUGGGGUUGUUGAAGACAUGCUCGGAAGCUGAUUUAUCUUGAUACCUAUGAAAACGCGAAUAAACCCUUUGACUUGCUC